AUGAGCUGCUGCUGCUCCCCUUGCUGCUCCCCUUGCUGCCAGCCAACUUGCUGUCAGACCACCUGUUAUAGGACUACCUGCUGCCAGCCCACCUGCUGUGGCUCCAGCUGCUGCCAGCCUUGCUGCCGUCCAUCCUGCUGUGGCUCUAGCUGCUGCCAGCCUUGCUGCUGCCCCAGUUGCUGCUACACAACCUGCUGCCAGCCAGCUUGCAGUGGCCCCGUGUACUGCAUGAGAACCUGCUACCAACCAACGUGCUGCUGCGUGCCCGGUUGCCUAGCCCAUAGCUGUGGGUCCAGCUGCUGCCAGCCUUGGUGCCAGCCUACCUGCUGUGGAACCAGCUGCUGCCAGCCUUGCUGUCAGAACACCUGCUGCAGGUCCACCUGCUGCCAGCCUUGGUGCCAGCCUACCUGCUGUGGAACCAGCUGCUGCCAGCCUUGCUGUCAGAACACCUGCUGCAGGUCCACCUGCUGCCAGCCUUGGUGCCAGCCUACCUGCUGUGGAACCAGCUGCUGCCAGCCUUGCUGCCGCCCAGUCUGCUGUCAGACCACCUGCUGUAGGACCACCUGCUGCCGUCCCAGCUGCUGCUGCAGCCCUUGCUGUCUUUCCAGCUGCUGCCGCCCUUCCUGGUGCUGA